AUGGCCGCUGGGCACAAUCCACCUCCCCCUGAAAACAUUACUAGCCACGACAAACAACGAAAGAAAACCGCCUUGAUACACUUCGUGGUCAUUCGGCAUUCGGCGGAACACAAUAUCAUUCUGGGAAGAACAACCCUCUUGAAGCUGGGGGCAGUACCAUCAACUAUGCAUGGGAUCAUGAAGUUCGACACCCCAAUGGGCGCGGCUACGGUGCUGGCCACCCCACCUAAAGAAUUGCAAUGCUAUACAGUCAUGAAGCCAACAGAGAUAACCAAAGAGACCAAGAGGCCCAAACACAACCCCGUAAAAGGGAAGGAAGUGAUCAAUGAAAGAUACCCUGACCAGCCAGUCAGCAUUGGGUGCGAUCUCCCAAGUCACACAAGAAGAGCGUUGGUUGACUUGCUCAAACAAUACAAACAUGUGUUCGCAUGGACUCCUACAGACAUGGUAGGGGUAGAAAGGAAGGUCAUCGAGCAUAAACUUGUAAUUAAACUAGGCGCAAAAGAGGUUAAGCAGAAAAAGAGAGUCCAUGGAGGAGACCGUAAUAGGGCAAUUAAUGCAGAAGUGGCCAAGCUGGCAGAAGCCGGGAUAGUGCGAGAUGCAAUAUUCCCGACAUGGAUCACGAACCUAGUUAUGGUCCGCAAGCAAGACGGGUCGUGGCGUCUGUGCAUAGACUUUUCUGACUUAAAUAAGGCAUGCCCUAAAGAUUGUUACCCCCUCCCGGAGAUUGAUCAGAAAGUGGAAUCAUUACAAGGGUUUAAGCUAAAGUGUUUUUUGGAUGCAUACAAAGGGUACCAUUAG